CGGGCAUGCGCACUGGGUGUACCAGCGCCACCGCCCAUCAGCUGAGGACUGUAGCUGGGGUCUCUGGGGCAGGUGGGAUCCCGCGGCCGGAGGAGGAGGAAGUCGAGGAGGUCCGGGUGACCAUUUAGAAACUGCUCAGCCCACCAACAUCUGAUGAAAUUGGUGAAUAAGCAAAUCAGCUAUGUCUUACACUCCAGGAAUUGGUGGUGACCCUGCCCAGCUGGCCCAGCGAAUCUCUUCCAACAUCCAGAAGAUCACACAAUGUUCUGUGGAAAUACAGAGGACUCUGAAUCAACUUGGCACACCUCAAGACUCACCUGAAUUGAGGCAACAGCUGCAUCAGAAGCAGCAGUACACUAACCAACUCGCCAAAGAAACAGAUAAGUACAUUAAAGAGUUUGGAUCUCUGCCCACCACCCCCAGUGAACAGCGUCAAAGGAAAAUACAGAAGGAUCGCCUAGUGGCUGAGUUCACAACAUCACUGACAAAUUUUCAGAAGGUCCAGAGGCAAGCUGCUGAGAAAGAGAAAGAGUUUGUGGCUCGAGUAAGAGCCAGUUCCAGAGUAUCUGGUGGUUUUCCUGAGGACACCUCAAAAGAAAGGAAUCUUGUAUCCUGGGAAAGCCAAACUCAACCACAAGUGCAGGUGCAGGAUGAAGAAAUUACGGAGGAUGACCUCCGCCUUAUUCAUGAGAGAGAGUCUUCUAUUCGGCAACUUGAAGCUGAUAUCAUGGAUAUUAAUGAAAUAUUUAAAGAUUUGGGAAUGAUGAUUCAUGAGCAAGGAGAUGUGAUAGAUAGCAUAGAAGCCAAUGUUGAAAAUGCAGAGGUGCAUGUCCAGCAAGCAAACCAGCAGCUGUCAAGAGCGGCAGAAUAUCAGCGCAAAUCCAGGAAAACCCUGUGCAUCAUCAUUUUUAUCCUUAUCAUCGGAAUUGUAAUUAUUGGUCUCAUCAUAUGGAGAGUGUCAAGCUAAAAUUAUAAAGGAGCACACUGUUGCACUACAUUAGCUAAAUUAUGUAGGAAGAUUUCCCUGUAAUCCUGUUUUUUUUAAUUAUUUUUAAGCUAUUGCAUAAAGAAUGGUUCCCAUACUUUGUUAUUUUUGUUUGGGGGUUAAGCUUCCUUUGGAUUAGAACUGAUAGUUUCUAAUACUGAAAGUUUUUCUAAAUAUCACUGCUGGCAUAUACCUUCUGUGCUUUCGGUCUAAUGACUGUUCGGUUGUUGCCUACAUUGUAUAUACCUUUCAUUUCUAAUUUAUUUAUUCUUGUUGACUUAGCUUUUGGAAUUAGUAAAUUUAAAGGUGUGUGUGAAGUUCUGUGUACAUCUGUCUUUCUGUCAGUGUAACAUGCACCCAGAAUUGUGUUACAUCAAUUAAAAAUCUCAAAUUUAAUUUUGAUUUGGGUCAGCAGAGGAAAUAUUCUCAACAACUUAACAAAAUUAACGUUAUCUGUUUGUCGUGUGUUUUGUUUUGUUUCCUCUAAGGUACGUAACAGCAUAAACUAUCUAUUUAACUUUUAUGAUUGGUUUUCUGUUAAGUCCCUUGUUUACUCAAAUGAACUCAUGAAUAAUUCCAUAGUAUAUCUCAUACUCCUGAUGUGUAUAUAUUAAGCAUUUGCUGUAGAUUGCCUAGUAAAUAUGAGGAUAGAUUGUUUUUGCAUAGGAUCUGUUUUAGUCUGACAUUUACUGAGGUAUGUGUAGUCACUAUAAAUGUUUAAUGUAAUUUGGAGGAAGAGUAUGACAAAGCACCAUCUAUUGUCUUAGAAGUCUAAGGUCCCAACUUGUUAUCCACUAUUUCUACAACUAUUAUGGUGGAAAAUUAAUUACCUUCCUUUGUGUUAUAGAAUAAUGGUUACAUUUUUAUCCUUAGGGCAAAAUUACUUUUGGGAAAUAACUUUCCCACAAUUAUUGUUUUUGAACACCUAACACUUAAAAUGUAAUGUUUACCUUGUGACAUUUUAUACCGUCUUUUGUUAGAAAAGGAAUGGGAUGUUUGCCAAUUAACUCACUUGCCUUUUUAAAUCAACAUUGUUUUGAUGCACUAAUGUGAACACUGUAAAGGGGAUUAUCUUAGUUUGUAGUUUGUAUUUUAUAAUGUUCUUAUAUAGCAGUUUGAUAGCGAAGGCAUUGUUUUACAUGGCAAACUAUGAGACUUCAAAUGGGAACAAAUAAUAUAUUAAGUAACUAAUGAAUUGUACCUUUGCAACCAAAAUAAAGAUGAUUUUGAAAGUG